AUGAACAUCCUUGUCUUCUAUGGUCAGCGCUGCGCUACCUUUUACGACAAAGGAGCCAAGGUAUACAAUAGGUCCAAAAUUUUCGAGCACCUUACCGAUCUGGACAAGAAGAACCCACAGUCACAAAUUGGAGCACAUGCGGGCUCGUCUCAAAUCCUGACACAAGAGCGACUGGUCUUUAAUCUAAACGCAUAUUCGUUUUUCGAAACGGUCUCGUUCGAUUUGGGUCGUCGAGCCAGUUGUGCCUAUCAUCACCCUCCAGCCUUGGACCCUUCGCUCGCCACCUGCCAUCUCCCAAUUUCCAAGGAGAGGAAUGAUAAGGGGCAUCCACCACAAGAAGGCAGCACUGGUGGCCGUGAGCUGAACAGAAAGGCAACACUGGAUUGGUGGUUUCGUGUCGAUAGCCUCCCAAGGCAAGCGCUCUUGACACCUUUCGCCCAUUCGAGGCUCAUUUCAACUCAACGGACCUGGAUCGAGCAGUCAUACCGUUUGUAUGGACUGAACGAGACUCUCUGGCUCGAGCAUAAUGAUGACGACAGGACGUCUAUUCAGGGCCCCAUUCUUACUUCGUCAGCGGGGGUCCCUGGUCAUGAUAUCAUGGCCUCUUUGUGCUUGAGGGCCUGA